CUGUGGCUUCAUCGAGGUCCUUUCUCUCUCUCUCACACACACACACACAUCUUCGAGCAUCUUGCUUGCUUUUUCCUUCUCAUAUUCCCUCUCACUAUCUCUCUUUCUGUGUCUGCAUCUCUCUGUGCUCUCUCUUUGGUGUUUUGGUGGUUGUUUAAUGGCGGACAUAAGUCAUCCUCCCAUGGAGCAGCUUCAGGACCUGGAGUACUGUAUAGACUCCAACCCACCUUGGGUUGAAACUAUUCUGUUGGCCUUUCAAAACUACAUCUUGAUGCUAGGCACUAGUGUAAUGAUACCUUCAAUGCUUGUUCCUUUGAUGGGUGGAAGUGCUGGUGAUAAAGUUCGUGUAAUACAAACAAUACUAUUUGUCUCGGGCAUCAACACUCUUUUGCAAGCAUUGUUUGGAACACGCCUACCAACUGUUGUCAGUGGGUCUUUUGCAUAUGUUGUACCAAUCUUGUACAUUAUAGGCGACUCAUCUCUGCAGCGGAUAUCUGAUCCACAAGAGAGAUUUCUACAAACAAUGCGAGCUAUACAAGGAGCACUAAUUAUAGCCUCGAGCUUGCAAAUUAUACUCGGUUAUAGCCAACUUUGGGGAAUUUUUUCACGGUUUUUUAGCCCUCUUGGUAUGGCACCUGUAAUUGGAUUGGUUGGUUUAGGGUUGUUUGAGAGGGGCUUUCCUGCGGUUGGCAAUUGUGUGGAAAUUGGUAUACCUAUGCUUCUAUUGGUAAUUGGCCUAUCUCAGUAUCUAAAGCACUACAGGCCAUUCAGGGAUAUCCCCAUAUUUGAGCGCUUUCCAGUUGUAAUCUGUGUCUCGAUCAUUUGGCUAUAUGCCCUUAUUCUGACUGCUGGUGGUGCCUACAGGCAUCGACCUGCAAAAACUCAAGACAGUUGUCGCACUGACAGGGCAAAUCUCAUAUCUACAGCUCCUUGGUUCAAGUUUCCAUAUCCUCUUCAAUGGGGGGCUCCAACAUUUAAUGCUGGACAUUCUGUAGCUAUGAUGGCUGCUGUUCUUGUAUCUUUAGCAGAGUCCACUGCUGCAUACAAGGCUGCCUCUCGUUUGGCCAUUGCAACUCCUCCACCUGCUUAUGUUCUGAGUCGCGGCAUUGGCUGGCAGGGAAUAGGUGUACUGCUUGAUGGUCUAUUUGGUACAGGAACAGGUUCCACGGUAUCUGUGGAGAACGUGGGCCUUCUUGGACUAACUCGAGUUGGUAGCCGGAGGGUGGUUCAAAUAUCUGCCGGAUUCAUGAUAUUCUUUUCAAUGCUGGGAAAGUUCGGGGCUCUCUUUGCGUCAAUUCCGUUCCCUAUAUUUGCUGCAUUGUAUUGUGUACUUUUUGGCCUUGUCGCAUCUGUUGGACUAUCCUUCCUUCAGUUUACUAAUAUGAACUCAAUGAGGAACCUAAUUAUCACCGGGCUCUCACUUUUCCUCGGCAUUUCCAUUCCACAAUAUUUCAAUGACUCUUGGGGGACAUCUGGUCAUGGCCCGGUACAUACACGAGCAGGAUGGUUCAAUGCCUUCUUGAACACAAUAUUUCUGUCACCGCCAACUGUUGGUCUAAUCGUCAGUGUAUUUCUCGACAACACUUUGGAAGUAGAGAAGUCGAAAAAAGACAGAGGCAUGCCCUGGUGGGUGAAAUUUCGAACAUUUAGAGGCGACAACAGAAAUGAAGAGUUUUACACACUGCCAUUCAACCUCAACAGAUUCUUUCCUCCGACAUGA